AUGACCCAAGGUGCCCCUUCAAAAAAAUACAAGCGAAGGCGUAGUCCGGAGAGGUCGGAAAAAGUUGAUGAAACUGAGAAGCUAAAAGAUACUCGGUCGGAUGAACACACAUCUCAAGUCCUUUCCCAUUCUUGCGGUGAUAGACGUGUGUGUAUUAACGUGGGUGGAAGCAGUAUCACUACAUUAGAGAGUACAUUACGUUCAGAACCUUCUCUCUUAUCAGAGUGGUUGAACAAUGACUUUGCGGGACUUCCACGAGAUGCUAUGGGGAAUCCUUUUGUUGACCGUGAUCCCGAGAACUUUAGACACAUUCUUAAUUAUUUAAGAGGCUACGGUUUGCCUCUUGCCACAGAAAAAAUUGUUUUUUUAGCUGAAGACGCAGAGUACUACCGUAUUGAAAAGUUACGUGCGUUAAUUGAUCCUCCUGCCCAGUGGCGCUUCGUCAGUGGUCCAGGUGUAUCUCCAGAUAACACACUCUUUAGUACAGAUAAUAUACUUGGUACCUGCGGAAAUGAGCCACUUCCCAUGAAAGGUAAAUCUAUUCUUACACUUCGUGUGGAUAAAUGUGAAUUGGUGUCCGUUGGUUUGCUCGGUACAGAAUCGCCAGUUGAGAACGAACCGCUGCAGCGUCAGUCACACUCCAUUGCAUACUGCAAUACAGGUGAACUCGUCCGUUGCUUCAACGGAGAGCAGACAUACGCAUCAGGAACAGGAUUUAAGAACCAUGAUCUCAUUAUAGUGGAAGUAUUCUUUACACCUGGUUUGGCAGCUAAAGUUGUCUUUUAUUGCGGAACUGCGAAGGUUCAUGAGACGGAAUGGCCAGAGCCGGUGCCUCCACUGCAUUUCGCGGUGAGUUUACACGGAACCUCCGCUGUCAUUAUUGAGAGGUGUAUCACCAUUGACCCAUAUGAAGAAGAAACAUCUCCGGCAGAGGCUUCUUACUAA